GAAUGGUUGUCUGUGUCUAUGUGUCAGCCCUGUGAUGACCUGGCGACUUGUCCAGGGUGUACCCCGCCUUUCGCCCGUAGUCAGCUGGGAUAUGCUCCAGCUUGCCUGCGACCCUGUAGAAGGAUAAAGCGGCUAGAGAUAAUGAGAUGAGAUGAGAUUUUGCACGAUUACACGAAUAAUUUGUUUGCCAGUCUAAAAAAAUUGACUUUUUUGUAUUUUGAUUUGUCGUUUUUGUUUGAUAUUUCAAAAGUAUUGUAUGAACAUUUUGGCACAAAAUUGGUUCAGCUCAGUGGUAGCCACGCUCCCUACCAGUUGGUGGCGGUAAUGCACCAAUUUGCAGUUUGUCAACCGCCAAACAAACUAAAGAAGAAGCAGCAUUAUUUUUAAGUUGUUUUGUUUUUGCACGUGAUGGAAGUUUUCUCCAGACUAUAAUAUUUACAGCUGUAACUCACUGCUGCUUAUGAAAGCGGAGCGUUUACAAGAUGGCGAGUUCAAGUGGACCCGCGGAGAAAGAAAAUUCUGUUGUUUCUUUACAGAAAUAUCCUUUUUCACGGCGAACACUGGAAGAAAAAAAGAGAGUAAAGGAGCUCGGACCGGACCGGCCCGAUUUAAGCAUUAAGCAGCAGGCAGGUGACCGGGGCCGGGUUUACACUCGGGGCUUCUCUCGCUCCUGUUAUGAUAAACGGAGCUGGCUUGCUGGAUGCGGUGUGAGUAAUGCCUUUUAUUGCUUUCCCUGUUUGCUCUUUCAAAGUGUCGGCACCGAAAGUUUAUGGACAACGGCUGGGGUCCAGGACCUGAAACACCUUUCUGAGAAGUGCACACGCCAUGAAAGUAGCCGCAGCCAUCUCGAUAACUGUCUAAAGCUCAGUUUCUUUGGCAGGCUUGGCAUCGCUGAGCAGUUGGAUGACGGCUACAGGAUGUGCAUUAGAAGGCACAAUGAAGAGGUGACGAAAAAUCGGCACAUCCUGUCCAGGAUUAUUGAUUGUGUGAAAUUUUGUGGAGCCUUUGAGCUUCCCUUACGUGGCUCAGAGACCUCUGAUAAUCCUGGGAUAUUCCAUGGGCUGGUUAAUUUUGUUGCUUCCCUUGAUGGAGUUUUGAGGGAACACCUUGAGAACGCCACUGUAUUCAAUGGAACAUCAAAAGCUGUGCAGAAUGAGCUACUGGACUCUAUGCUGGCUGUUGUAAAGGAACACAUCAUCAAAGAAGCCCAAAGCUGUGACUUUUUAUCAAUACAGGCGGAUGAGAUCAUGGAUAUCGCCACACAGUCCCAACUUGUGCUCGUCCUGCGCUAUAUCGAUGCCAAAAACAAUGUCCAGGAGAGAUUUUUUGAGUUCGUUCCUCUGCUGGCCGCCACAGCUGAAUCCGUAGGUAUGGUACUGAAAGACCGGCUUGCUGCCAUCCUUCCUAAGGAUCAGAAAAGUAAGCUCAUCUGCCAGGCAUACGAUGGCUCCAGUGUGAUGAGGGGCACCGCUGGAGGUGUCCAGAGGAAAAUCCAAGACGUGUACCCGAAUGCUCACUACAUCCACUCCUACGCACAUCAGCUCAGCUUAAUAAUGCAGCAGGCCACCUGUCACAUAUCCAAAGUGAGAAAUUUUUUUUCUGACCUUGGUGGAUUUGCCAGCUUUUUUUCAAGAUCACCCAAGCGGAUAGGCGUGCUUGAUAAAGUAGCGGCCCGUAGAUUGCCGACAUCUGGCAACAUCAGAUGGAACUUUCACAGCCAUGCCAUUAAAACUGUCUUUGAGCACAGAGACGACCUCAGUCAGUGUUUUGAGAGCAUACGAUACUCCGGUGACUUUGACCCUAGUACUGUCAGAGAGGCAGGAGCUUUGGCUAUGCUUCUGGAAAAUCAGGAUUUUAAGUUUUUUUUACAACUUUUUCACCAAAUUAUGCCACAUGUGGACCUCCUGUAUGCCAGGCUCCAGAAGAAGGACAUAGAUUCUGCCCACAUCAAUGUGUGCAUUCAGUAUUUCCAACAGGACAUACAAAACAUCAGGGAUUCUCUCCAUUCCAUUCUUGAGCAAAAUGGUGGCUCUCGACCAACAAAGAAGCUUCGGGGACUCAAUCCAAGGGACCAUGAAAGGAUUGCAGCAGAGGUUUGUGAUACCAUACUGGGACACACCAGGGAACGCUUCUCCUUCAUCGCCCACCUUGUCAGUGCCACCUUGCUGCAAGGAGACAGGUUUGAACAGUACAAGGUGAUGUUUCCUGAAGAUGCACUGAGCAGCACGUUGAAAGCCUACCCAAUGCUCAAUGGAAGCAGGCUGAAGACAGAGCUUCGUCUCAUCUACAGCAAGGAAGAGUUUAAAGACUGUUCUGGUGCUGUGAACCUUUUCCAGUUGUUUAUGGAGAACAACCUUGGAGAAGUCUUUUCAGAGACUGUUGCUCUCCUAAAGAUCCUCAUCACCACACCCAUGAUCACAGCAGAAGCUCAGAGGUGCUUCUCAACCUUGAAAAGGAUUAAAACUUUUCUCAGAAACACCAUGACCCAGGAGAGACUGAAUGCAUUGGCCAUGCUAUCGAUGGAAAAGAGACUGGUGACUGAGAUGAUGGACUUUAACCAGAAAGUCAUUGAGAAGUUUGCAAGCCAGAAGGAAAGGAGGGCAAAAUUUAUGUUCAAAUAGUGUUUUUAUUUUUAAACCGAAAUAUUGGCAGCUUCUGUGUACUCGCUCUGAUCAGUAAGCAGUACUCAAGCAAGAAUUUACUUGGACGAUGUUCUCAACAUUUCACUCUGUUACUUUAAAGGGGAACUGAAGGCAAAUUUUUUAUUAUCAAAAUUCUAUUUAUCUCAUUUUAUUAAAUAUAGGAAUGCAUUUUUGAUAGCUAUUUUGUCACUGCUAUCGCAAGUUAUGAGUGUUUGAAAAAUGCUAUGUAAUAUAUCAGUCCAUAUGUCAAAAUCUCGUAAACGAGAUUUGUCGAGACCUGUGCGAGACAUCGUAGGACGGAAGUAAAACGUACAGCGGAAAUAAAAGUGACCGACAUCUGCCAGCAUUCCCUGUGUCCGAAAUCACUCACUCAUUCACGACUCCCUAUAUAAGGAAUUAUGACAUAGAGGACUAUAUAGUGAGCUCAUUGGUAAAAUGAAAAAACGCUUUCGGACACUACUCUGUCACGCUGAUAUUUACGUCAUUACUGUCGCACAAUUAAAACAUGCCAGAUCAGUCAGCUGGUGGCUUUUCAAAAUAAUAAAUACAUGCAUGUGUUUUUGUGAUAAAUCCAUAUUAUACUGAGCGUAUUUCCCACAUUAAUAAAUACAAAGUACCUGCAUCUUUCAGUUCUUUUAAAUCAAGGCUGAAUACUUUCUUCUUUGCUGCUGCCUUUUAUUAAAUCAAAUUUGAGACUUUUAAAUUGAUUUUUCAGCGCUACUGCAGUGCAUUAUGGGAUAUAUUGCUUUGGUUAGUGACCAUCGUUGUACACUGCUUUUCGUGAUGCAUUGGGGGGUACUUUGAGUGCACUAUAUAGGGUGUAAAUAAUCCUCACUAAGGUUUCGGACAGCACUACAAAAUGGCGGCCUCACUAUAUAGUGAGUAGGGAAUGAUUUCAGACGCGGGUUGUCAAAAGACGCGCGCGCCCUCUUUCGAAUGCUGAUGUAAUCAAGCAGGCAGUUUUUUGUUUUGAUAGCAAUCAGGAAAGUUUGGGGGGAACAAAAGUAGGCAGUAUUCGUCAUUUAAACUCGUUUUUGUGCAAUAUUUCGUUUGGAAAACAGUUUUCAAAAUGGCGGCACUGAUACCUGGCUGACGCUUCAUGUUUCGAAGUCUCGCACAAGUCUCGUGAAGAUCGCGCGGAUAAGCGACGCCUGCCGUGGACCAAAAGAACUACGUUCAACAUGGCUAAAAACCAAAUAGGCUGAUAAGUAUAAUAUUUAAUCCCAAUUAGUUGCCACAAUACAAGGUUACUAAAACCGAAAACUUAAUUGAAUAACACGUUAAUUAAGAAAUGAAGCAAGUUUAAAAAUGACUUCAAUUCUCCUUUAAUGUGUGCUGGACGUCUUUCACACUGUUAGCUGUUUGUUGGCUGUAGAAUGGGACUCCAUGCAUUAUGUAAGCUGCUGCUGCUGCAGUGUUUCUGGACAGUGCUUGGGCAACGUUAGUGUCUUGUUUUCUGAUUGAUUUGAAGGUGUACUGUAUAAUGCAGGACCUUUUUAAUAAACAGUGGUUUUGUA